GUAGUCGCAGCAUGCUCUAAGCCAUGGGGAAGAGGACGGCUUUCGAGGCCAAUACGAAGCGUGCGCAUUCUGAGCGCGACUCGAAGCGCCAAAGGAUCCACGGCAGCCAGGAGCGCGACUCACCACGGCCAAAUGGCACUGCGGAGGAAGUAACCACUGCGCGCGAUUUGCAGAAUGCGCUGCUGUUUGAUCAAGGCUCAACCGCAGACUUUCGAAGCGGUCUAAGCUUGUUCAAGCGGUUCCUUGACUCUAUCCUCUAUUCAGCAGACGAGCACCAUCUGCCCCGCAAGCGAGCCAUCCUCCGCGAAUACCUCGACACCCAGAAAGGAAGAGGGAGGGAUGAGAAGGACAGGCAGUUUUUGCAGAAUAUCACUCAAGCAUGGGACUAUGCGGCCGAGACCAACUUCGAGCCGAUUCUUUCGCAGGUCACCGCUGUGCUUGCCCUCCUUUUCAAGGUGCUCGCAAGCCAGGCCGAGUUUCUCGAGUACGGCCACCUGUUGGCGAGGACGAUCCUGCAGCCGUCCGUCGCUCGCCGUCUUGUGCGCAGCACCUCCGCGGCAUCGAAUAAAGAGAAUGUAAUUGCACCUGCGCUGCGCCUGCUCAACGAGCUCACCAAGUUCAACGAGGGCGCACAUGCCAGGGCUGUAUACGCGAAAAGAGAUUUUACGCUCGAGCCAAAGAUACUGGGUCGGAACAUCUCGCUAGGCAAAGAGCAGUCAGCCGUCGAUCACGUUAAGAAACCAAGUAUUCGGACAACAGCCAUCAGGUAUCUCCUGACGCACCUGAGGUACCAAGAUGAACGUGCCAAGAGCGAGAUCCUCUCAAACACAAACAUCGUACGAGCCGUCUUCGAUCAUCUCCGAACAGACCCGGCUUUCCUGAUCUACGAGAUACUGGAUGUCUUCAAGAGCCAUGUUUUGCAAGACAAGACUAUCGCGCGACACACCAAAAGUCGGAUCUUGAACGGCAAAGCCCUCUCGCGCAUCGCUAGUCUGUACAGCUACGAAGUGGAAGACGGAUCCCUUUCGGAAGGGCAAAAGGCACCUGAUGAGCUCGCCCACAGUUUUCUGCGCCUGGUCUGCACCGAUCCAGGGUACGGCGUCAUGUUGCCUACAAAUGGCUUCUAUCCUUCCACAUUCGAGGACAACGAGGGUGACAUAGAAGAUGGAGCAGACUUUGGAAAUGACUUGGGCUUGGAAGCGAGUGACAACUACAACAAAGCGAGCAGAGUGCGCAACAUCAUUCUUUCCGAGUUCAUACAGAGUCAAAGACCGUACGCAAACACCUUACAUCAAGAACUAGUCAUCGACAUCUUCAAGGCUUGCCCUGAAUUAGUCGCAGACUAUUUCAUCAAGCGACGAGAUUUUAGUUACGACCCCAAGCUCACGGCAACAUGGAUCGGAUACUCCGCGUUCCUGUAUCAGACUAUCCAAAUUCCUGUUCCCAAGUAUUUUGGUGCAAAGAAAACCUAUCGCGACCACCCGCCGCCCGUGCCAGUCAUGAUGCAGAGCAUUCUACCGCAACCUUUGAACCAACAGGUGCUUACAAAGUGUCUGAACCACAGCUCUGACCUCAUACAGAUAUUUGCAAUCCGCGUCCUGAUAGUAACGCUUCAGAAGCUCCGAAGUUUUAUCCAGGAGCUCAACAAUGCCAACGUUGUCCGACCAUCUAAGCAUUGGGAGCAAGCAACUAAGCGCUUGAUAACUGAAGUCAGCAGACGUUGUCCGCCGAUAAGGACAAUAUUUCUGGCACUCAAGAAGCCUGGCUUGAAAGACAUGAAGAGAGAAUCAAUAACAAGAUUGUUACGGCUCUACUAUGAAGUCACGCCUCAACUCGCGCUACAAGAGAAGUUCGACGUGUCUUUGCCGCUGUGUAACGCGCUGGUUGAAGCCGAAAAGCCGACAGAGGCACCAGAAGACAAGGCUCUUCGUAUUAUGGAGCUUGAGCACUGGAUCCAAAUGGCAAGGCUAUCACCAGCUAUGCGUUGGUGGCAAAAACAGAAAACCCUUCAACACUCACCAUUUGUUACACUCUUGAAACUUCUGGUAUCAUCCAAAGAAAAUGAGCUUUACGCGGGCAUCAAGUCGCUUCUCGGUGCCGUUUUACAGGACCAGGAGAUGCUGCAAACAAAAACCUCGCCUGAUGCCUUGGACGCUCUAAUUGCUAGCCUUGGGGGCUCGUCCGUGUCCUCUACGCCCUCGGCUGAGGCCCUCGAGUUCCUUGACGACUGUUGCGCACGUUUCAUCAAAGUUCCCAUCAAAUACUUUGACGACUUGGAUGCCAUGUGUGCGCGCAGUUGCCUAGCUACAACAGACCUCGGGCCUUUCAGUCCUCUGCUCAUAACGCUAGUGGAGCAGUGGCCCUUCAAGGGUGGCGAAACCGCAACAAGCAGCACGGCCGAUCCUCUUUCCCAGUGGCUAUCGAGACUUCUCUACCUCCUCAAGCUAAUAGGUGAAGAUGAGACGAUCCUAACUAUAGUACGCGACGCCUUGGUUGAGUCAGCGAACCAAGCAUACCAAGAUGUAUUGAAGGACUCUUUCCUUUGGAAAAUGAGCAAGGAGAGAGCUAAGGAGGCUCUCAAGCUAGCAACUGGCGCAGAUUUCAGUGGCUCGGAAAGAUCCUCGACAUCUCCAGUACCUGCCGACGAACCUGAACAGCCAGCGAAAGCUAGGUAUGAAGUCAGUCUCGAAGCGCCACCGAAAGAGGACGAGAAGCAUACAGGCCUCACACGAUGGAAGAGGAAGGACUUGAGUGAAGCUAUUGAUGAUGGAGAUAUUGGCGAACUAUUACUGUGCCUCUGUUCCGAGCACACUGAGAUACGCCUGCAAGCUAUCCACAACAUCCGCCAGCUUAUGGUGACGAUGGGCGGAAGCGGACCGAAGAAGUUUGAACAGGCGGACGGUGCUGAAACACAGCAAACUCACAAUAUUGAUUUCGACUUGCAGCAACUAUAUUUGCUGUUUGGCGAGAUACUUGAGUCAGUCGAUCCAACCGGCUCUGAGGCAUUCCCGUACGUUGGCGGGGUGCUCGCAGCCCGUUGUGUAGGCAUAUUGGCCGACCCGACGCUUUCCUUAUUCAGUACGAUGAACAAAUUUCUAACCACUUCCCCCGCCUGGGACACCAACAACAUGCUGCGCCAUUUCUGGCAUCGCAUUGUCGCCAGCGAGUCAGACGAUGAUGGCACGUACCAUAAGCAGGUAGACUGGUACUUGAAUUACCUCAUGGACUCACUGCGUACGGCGGCAGACAUGGAACUGUUCAGGAGAAGCAAUAUCUUUGAGCAGCUGUUGGGUCAUUACGGGUCUCGGUCGUGUGCUGCCUCGGCAAAGGAGAAGAUUGUAAGGCUGUUGCUUCGAGCGACUCAUGUGGGAGGUAGUACGACACUCAUGACAAGAUGUGGGCUCUUUUCUUGGAUUCAAAUGAUGCUGGCAAGUCACGAUCCCCGGCAUCGAGCCCUUAGGACAUUGGCAGCGCGUGUCUACGGGACAUGCGAUCAGGAAAAGGUAGCGCAGUGGAGUAGUGGCACCAUGGGCGAGACAGCAGCUUUGUUGCUUGCAAAGGCUGGGGCUUGAGAAGACUUUCAUUUGAUAUGGCUGAAGAUUGUCUUGGGCAGUUUGAGGGCAUGACUUGAGCUGGAGAGGGCCCGCAUUGCAGGCGUUCUUCGUACCUUGCCACUGCCAGCUGCUAGCAUUUUGUGGCGCGAUUGCCUAGGAGGAGCAAUAGAAGGCGCCCAACGCCACGCUACAUAGUUUGACGUUACCUAGUAGAGUAGUCUGGAACCGGAAUAUUACGAACACGAACACG